UGGAGGCAAAACCUUUUUGUUCUUUGCAAUAAAUCUUUUGUUCUUUUAUUCAGAACUCUGAAGGUACAGGUGACACAGAGUGCAAAGCAGUCUAUGUGUCAAGUCAAACUGGAAGGAGCUGAAAACUCAAAGGAGAAGCAUUUACGCACAGGUCCUACACUCAGCUGGGGCGGAAACAAUCUGCGGCUUCAGGUUUGCCACCGGCGGCAAAAAAAGGGGACACACGCAGCACUGAGGAGGAACUGAGAAUGAAUGACCGCGUUCAAACAAAGUGUCCGUGAGUUUCUGUUGGGAAAGCAUCAAGAUCUGCGGCAAACUGUGCAGGAUUGCCUUCAUCUCCAAAAUCCGGGUUGCAGCCGCAACUGUCUGAUUGAUGAGUGGAGUCCUGCUCAAACCCUGGGUGAUUGGCAGGAGGAGGAGAGUCUGACGGAGGAGCAGAGGAAUGUUGGCAGCCAUUUAGUCUGAGCUCAACAACGGAGGAAACAUGGAUUCUUCACAAAAAAAAUGUAAACACAGCAAUGGAGUGAGAUGUCGGACCUCUGAGGAGGAUAAGGAUGGUUCAGCAACAAAAGCAAAAAGAGAUGAAUCACUGAGUUGUGCGCAAUGUGGCAAGACUUUUAUCACAGCAACAAAGCUAAGAAUUCACGAACGUAUUCACACUGUGGAAAAACCAUUCAGCUGUGAUCAGUGUGGAAAGGCUUUUACUAAGAAGAGUAACUUAAAAAUCCAUCAAGUCAUUCACAGUGGAGUUAAACCAUUCAACUGUGAUCAGUGUGCAAAGGCUUUUACUCACAAGAGUAAUCUAGCAAAACAUCAAGUCAUUCACAGUGGAGUUAAACCAUUCAGCUGUGAUCAGUGUGGAAAGGCUUUUACUCGGAAGUGUCAGUUAAAAAGUCAUCAACUCAUUCACAGUGGAGUUAAACCAUUCAGCUGUGAUCAGUGUGGAAAGGCUUUUACUACCAAGAUAAUGUUAAGAGAUCAUCAACUCAUUCACAGUGGAGUUAAACCAUUCAGCUGUGAUCAGUGUGGAAAGGCUUUUACUACCAAGAGAACGUUAAGAGGUCAUCAACUCAUUCACAGUGGAGUUAAACCAUUCAGCUGUGAUCAGUGUGGAAAGGCUUUUAUUCAGAAGAGUGAUCUAGCAAAACAUCAACUCAUUCACAGUGGAGUUAAACCAUUCAGCUGUGAUCAGUGUGUGAAAACCUUUACUCAGCAUGAACAGUUGUUGAUCCAUCAUUGCCCCCAUUCUGGUAGAAAGCGGUACCACUGUGACUCCUGUGAAAAAACUUUCAGCUCCCAACAGAGCUUAAAAUAUCACCAACGCAUCCACACUGGACAUGAUGUGUACGUAUGUGAUCAUUGUGGUGAACCAUUUGUACAGUACUCACAGUUAAAAGCUCAUGAAGUGAUCCACACUGGGGUUAAACCAUACCUUUGUGACCAGUGUGGGAAACGCUACAGCUACAUUGGAAACCUCAAAGUUCACCAACGUGUCCACACUGGGGAGAGACCAUACAGAUGUGACAAGUGUAAGAAGACUUUUACAACUUUGGGUUCCCUGAAACAACACCAGCAGAUCCACACCAGAAAGAAAGCAUUCAAUCAGUGUCACAGUGAGCAGAACGGAACAGAUGGACAAAACCCUCAGACUUGUCAGCAGUCUGCCAAUGGUGAACAGUGCUGCUUUGACCAGUCUGGACCAACGUCCAACCAACAAGGAACCCUACAACGACACCAGUGUAUGCACACUGGACACAGACUGAACCCCUGCCAAGAAGAUUUGUCCAUGCAGGGUUCAGUAAAAGUUCAUGAAGUCCUCCACAAACUUAAAGUCCUUGAGAUCCGGCUUCACAGAAUUCAGGUCUAAUUUCUUGUUUAGUGUCUUUGUUGCUUUGUUGCAAAAUCCAUUAAGAGGAAAGCUGUCGUUAACAGACGUGACUGGUAAAUUAAUGAAACCAUUCA